AUGAGAGAAUUUUUUGCUUAUAGGAUUCAGGAUAGGGACAACAAGUUCUCUUUAAUCCUUAAUGCCAGGAGGUUGUUUCAGCAGUUUUUAGUCAACGCAUACACAAUGAUCGAAAGUGAGCGGCUGUUUCAGCAAACAAAAUUAAGAAGUGAAUCAUUUAACAGUCUUAAAAAAGUUCAAGAAGGUGGACAAAGUGAUUUCUCUCAUACAGGAAAACCUGUUAUAUUACCGUCAUCGUUUACCGGUGGAUCUCGCUAUAUGAUGCAAAACUACCUGGAUGCUAUGGCUUUAUGUAGGACGUAUGGGUAUCCCGAUUUCUCUAUAACAAUUACAUGUAAUCCGAAAUGGCCCGAAAUGGUAAGGUUUAUUGGUGACUCAUCAAUUAAGCCAGAAGACAGACCUGACAUUCUUUGUCGAUUGUUUAAGAUGAAACUUGAUGCAUUAAUAAAAGACAUGAAGGAAAAAAAGAUUUUUGGUGAUAUUAAUGCAGUUGUUUAUACUGUCGAGUUUCAAAAACGUGGUUUGCCACAUGCGCAUAUAUGCUUAUUUAUGAAAGCUGAUCAUAAGCUUCCUACUGUUGAACACAUCGAUCCCUUUAUCUCAGCUGAGAUUCCUGAUAAGAAUGAAGAUCCUGAAUUGUAUUCUCUUGUGAGUGACUUUAUGAUUCAUGGUCCUUGUGGACACGCUAAUUUGAAAUGUCCAUGCAUGGUAGGCAACCGUUGUUCUAAAAAAUUUCCAAAGAGGUUUAUGGAAGCUACUUCCAUUGAUUCAGAUGGAUUUCCCGUUUAUAGAAGAAGAGAUUCGGGUCACACAGUUGUGAAGAAAGGUGUUACAUUGGACAAUAGGAGCGUCGUUCCAUACAACAAAAAGCUUCUUAAAAGAUAUCAGGCGCACAUCAAUGUCGAGUGGUGCAAUCAGGCUGGUUCAAUUAAGUAUUUGUUUAAAUACAUUAAUAAAGGACCAGACAAAGCGACUGUUGCUGUUGUUGAUUCAGAUAAAGGAACUGAAGAGGAGAUCCCCAAAGAUGAAAUUAAAGAAUAUUAUGAUGCUAGAUAUGUUUCCGCAUGUGAAGCAAGCUGGAGAAUAUUUGCCAAUGAGGUUCAUUAUAGGUAUCCGUCUGUUAUGAGAUUACCUUUUCAUCUUCCAGACCAACAAAAUGUUGUAUUCAGUGGUGAAGAUGAUAUCGAAGAUGUCCUAAACAAACCUCAACCGCGUAAAACUCAUGUUUCGGUUGGGAGAAUUUAUUCUGUGUCUCCUUCUCUUGGUGAGGCUUAUUUCCUAAGAAUUCUUCUAACUAAGGUUAGAGGACCACGAUCCUUUGAAGAAAUCCGAACCUAUGAUGGUGUUGUGUAUCCUACCUUUAGAGAUGCGUGUUAUGCACGUGGGCUGUUAGACGAUGACAAUGAAUAUAUUGAGUGUAUUAAAGAAGCCAGUUUCACAGGAAAUGGUAAUUAUCUGCGUUGUUUAUUUGGUACACUACUAUUGUCUAAUACGCUAUCAAGACCUAAAGUUGUUUGGGAUAAGACGUGGGAGUUUUUGUCCGAAGACAUUUUAUACAAUAUGCGGAAGGAUACUGACAUUAGAGGAUUGGUUGUUUCAGAUGAACGUAUAAAGAAUAUAACGUUGUCUAAAAUUGAAAAAUAUCUUCUUCGUAAUGGUUCAAGUUUGCGCAGAUUCUGA